AUGACAGUCUCCGAGCAACCCAUUGAUACGCCCCCGCGCGCCCCUUCGCCAGUCCAUAGAUUUGGCACGCUGGCAGUUCAUGCUGGAAGUCCUCAUGAUCCUGUUACGGGCGCUGUGAUUGAAGCUAUUUCCCUCUCGACUACAUUUGCGCAAACGGCGGUUGGAAAGCCAGUGGGCGAGUACGAGUACGCACGAUCUUCAAACCCGAACCGCGACAAUUUUGAGCGUGCCGUUGCCGCUCUCGAGCACGCCCGCUAUGCGCUCGCUUUCAGUUCCGGAUCCGCAACCACAGCCAACAUCCUGCAAUCCCUCGCCGCAGGAUCACACGUAGUCUCGGUAUCCGACGUAUACGGCGGCACGCACCGCUACUUCACCAAAGUCGCCCUCACACACGAUGUCAAAGUGACCUUCAGCCCGAGCAUAGAAAUCGACAUUGCCGAGCUCAUUCGCCCCGAGACCAAGCUCAUCUGGAUCGAGUCGCCGUCAAACCCCACCCUCACGCUCGUUGACAUCCGCAAGGUCUCGACCAUCGCCCACCAACAUGGCAUCAUGGUUGUAGUCGACAACACCUUCAUGUCACCCUAUGUGCAGAACCCGCUGGACCACGGCGCCGACAUUGUCGUCCACUCCGUCACAAAAUACAUCAACGGCCACUCAGACGUCGUCAUGGGCGUCGCUGCCUUCAACUCGCCCCAACUCUUCGACCGCCUCUCCUUCCUACAAAACGCAAUCGGCGCCGUCCCCUCGGCUUUUGACUGCUGGCUCGCCCACCGCGGUCUCAAAACCCUCCACCUGCGCGCCCGCGAAGCCACCAAGAAUGCCACAAACGUCGCCACCGCCCUCGAGACAUCCCCCCACGUCGUCUCGGUGAAUUACCCGGGUCUGGCAUCGCACCCCCAGCGCGCCAUUGCUCUCAAGCAGCACCGCGAUGGCAUGGGCGGAGGCAUGCUCUCGUUCCGCAUCCAGGGCGGCCACGAGGCUGCUGAGCGCUUCUGCCAGGCCACCCGCAUCUUCACGCUCGCCGAGUCCCUUGGCGGCGUCGAGUCGCUCGUAGAGGUGCCCAGCGCCAUGACGCACGGCGGGAUUCCCAAGGACCAGCGCGAGGCGGCUGGUGUGUUUGACGACUUGGUUCGCAUCAGCUGCGGUGUCGAGGACGAGGCGGAUUUGGUGGCGGAUGUGUUGCAGGCGCUCGAGAAGGCGGUUGUGGGGCCCAAGGUUAAGAAUGGUGUGGCGUAG